AUGAGGGUUCUCGGUGCCAUCUUGCUUGGAUGUGCGCUUCUCCUUCCAGCUACCUGCUCAGCAGCUGCUGCCGUGGACAGGCAACAGGUGGUGGUGAGUGUGGAGGAUAUCCUUUCUGAUCUCCAUAAACUCGCAGAAGAGAAGGAAAACGCUGCCGUCUCCGAGAUGGAUGAUGAAGGACUUAUCAAGAAGAAAGGUUGUGAAGGCCAUCAGGAGGGAGACGAGUGGGGUACAUCUGAUCAUGACAACUGUAACUGCCAAGGACCAUAUCGUGUCUGCUAUCACGUUGACUGCCUUCCUGGUUGCGAGAUCGCCCGUGACUCCAAUGGUCUCUGGGACUGUCCAGGCGGCUUUUCAACAGCUGACGAUACUGUAGCUGACGACAAUAAGAACGGCGUAAACUCGAGCAUGCUGGAGGAGAGCCUUCUUCAGAUACUGCAGGAAGAAGAUGCUCUUGAGCCUGAGAUAGCGGAUAAUGCAGAGACUCGUGCUGUUGCAGACGAAAAUGCUCUCGACCUUCGCAGGGUAGCUGACGACGGACUUGUCAGAAACAAAGGUUGUAAAGGCCACCAGCCAGGAGAACAGUGGGGCUCAUCUGAUCACGACAACUGCAUCUGUGGAGGAUCAAGCCGCUUCUGCUAUCCUGUUGUCUGUCUUCCUGGUUCUCAGAUUAAACCUGACUCCAACCGCCUCUGGACUUGUGAAGUUGAUUCAGUUAAAAGAGACAUAACAGGAUCAGCUCUUGAGGUGACUGGACGUGAAAAGCGGGAACUUAUAACGGCUGCGACGGCUUUGGCAGCCUUUGCCGUGUUCUCAGACGUUGUUGGCGUAGUCGGAUUCGCGUUGGACCGCUACGAGGCUGCACAAACGACCGCACAGCUGAACGAAAUACAAGAUCAGAUCCGUGAGCUGGACGGGAAGAUAGACGGCUUGACACAACUCGUCAGUGACCUAAAGCUAGGACAAGAGUACCUACAACAAGUUAUCUUGUAUGCCAGAGACGAACUGCGACUGAGGAACGUGCUGGACACUCUUGCCAGUAUCCGGGCCAGUAACGGCCAGUAUGUUGGCAGCGAGCUGCAAGGCUGGGCAGACAGCGUCCUCAGCCAUGAUUCAGAUGGAAUCAGAAAUGUAUUGUUCAAUCUGUUAGACAUGGUACAACCGCAUUCAUCACUGUUUGGAGGAAAAUCUCUAUUCGAAAUAUAUCGUCAACAACUAAAUGAACAAGCAGGAGACCUGGAACAGGAUAUGGUAAAGAUGCGACUGAAAGUUGCGCAGGUCUACGGACUGAUCGGAGGUGGGUACUCUGCAUGGAUUACAGCUCUGUGUAUCAAGGGGCGUAAAGGUGAUAUUCAAGCGGUGGUACAAGAGGGGAAAACGAAGCUCAACGACGUGAAACAAAGCCUGCAACAAUAUGUCGAUUAUGGUACAUGCAGCGACAACUAUCAACGUAAGAACAGGAAGUGCUACAAAGCAUUCAGCAUUUCGAAAAACUGGGUCGAUGCAUCUGCCUACUGCCGAAGCCAGGGAGCAGGAGGAAAUCUUGCAAUGCCAAAAGACAGCAGUACUAACAGUUUCCUGAUCCAGUUGAAAAAUGCUAAAAGCUCCUCAUGGGGCUUUUGGUUCGGACUGAAUGACAGGGAGAGCGAAGGCCAAUGGAAAUGGCCUGAUGGCACGUCUCUUGGGUCUUUCAAUUACUGGUCACCAGUUGAGCCAAAUAACGGGGGGAAAAAUUGGUUGGGUCAGUACAACAAUCCUGAAGAUUGUGUAGAGUAUUUUAGGACACACUGGAGAAACAGUAAUUGGAACGAUGCCAAAUGUGGCGAUACAAGGUACUUCAUCUGUGAGCGGACCCCAAACGUAUCUUGUCCCGAAGGUUACACAAUGUGGCGUGGGACCUGCCACAAGGCCUUCGACACACGCAAGACCUUCAGCAACGCGACCGCAGCCUGUCGUGCAGACGGCGGCACCCUUGCCAUGCCCCGAGACGCCGAGACCAACGCCUUCCUCAUCUCCCUGUACAGGUCUGUGAGGGCCAAAAGGCACUUCUGGUUCGGCCUGCAUGAUCAGCGUGAAGAGGGAAAGUUUGAGUGGGUGGACGGUUCUGCACUUGGGCCGUACAGCUCAUGGGGUCCGGGAGAACCGGACAGUCGUUUGGGCCAAGAUUGCGUCCUUUACGCCACAUCCCCUAAAGCAUACACAGACAAGUGGAACGACUUUGAAUGCCACGAUCCGUAUCGCUUCAUAUGCCAGGCUGCUCCAGGUACUUAUUGUAUCAUAACUAUUUCCUGCCUGAAACCCUUCUAUCUAGUUUUUGCCACCAUUAGUUAUCCCUACCUAGACCGGGGGGGGGGAGGGGCCACCUGCCCCUCCCCCUGCCUAUCCGAGCGUGUGGAUUGUGACUCUGUGGUCAUCACAUCGGGGAGGAACAGCCGUGACGACAAUCGUGACAGCAUGACCAUGACACUGCUGCAGACCGACCCCGAGGAUGUCCCAGUGCCGGCCGGUAUUGUGGGACAUUGUGAUGAUGAAGAUGAGAUAAAUGAAACGCUGCCAGGAGCUACAUGUGCCUCCCCUCCCAUGUCAGCCUAA